AUGAAGCAACCAACAGAAAUGAAAGUUGAAAAACGCGUAAAUGCGUAACACAACGCGUGUUUGGUAAGAAACAGUCUUGGAUGAUCUGUAACUUCUCCUUCAGACCAACCCCUUAUAUUUAUUACAUACCCGAUAUCCGAUCAUAAUCCCUGAAGAAGAAGAAGAAGAAUCGAAUGGUGUCGUCAGAUUCUAAUGUGCUUCCGGUUUCCACCACUCAGCCCCCAACCUUAACCGAAUCGCAACCUCCAGCCGUCCGUGCAUUUGUGAACCGCUUCACCGAAACGGUCCGUGAUGGUCUGUCCCGUAGCCGUCCAUGGUCCGAGCUCCUCGAUCGAUCCGCCUUCGCCAAGCCGGACUCUCUUUCUGAGGCAGCGUCGCGACUCCGGAAGAAUUCCUCUUAUUUCAGGGCGAAUUACGUCUGCAUCGUAUCUCUGAUCCUCGCUUUCUCUCUUCUCGCCCAUCCAUUCUCUCUCGUCCUCCUCGUCUGCCUCGCCGCCUCUUGGCUCUUCCUUUACCUCUUCCGUCCAGUCGAUCGACCUCUCAUCCUCUUCGGCCGAUCUUUCUCUGACCUCGAAACUCUUGGUGCUCUUAUCCUCUCCACAAUAGCAGUCAUCUUCUUCACCAGCGUUGGAUCUGUACUCAUAUCUGCCCUCUUGGUCGGAAUAGCGACGGUCUGCGUUCAUGGUGCCUUCAGAGCUCCUAAUGAUCUCUUCCUCGACGAGCAAGAUCCUGCCGCCGCCGGAUUCCUCUCGUUCAUCGGUGUCCCUACUACAUAUUCCUCCCUGUCAUCCACUUCCUCAGCGCCUUCCGCCGUAUAGUGACCAGAAUCUAAUAGUUUUUUUGUGUGUGUGUAUCGGAUUCAUUCGACUGUUGUGAAGAUUGUUGUUAAUAUGAUUUCUUUGUGAACCC